CGCGGGACUCCAUAAUGAUUCUUACAUUAACAAUUUGAACCCUUUCAACUCAAAGAACUCUCCUUCACUAUGCGAGGUAUUUCAACUCUGUCUAUGCGUAAUCGCAGUUUCAAUUUGUUUUCUCCUCUAUACUUCACAAUCUUUGCGAACCAAACAUGACCACAUCAAAGGGGAGUCGGAAUUCUAGAUUUAUGACAUGGACACUUGCACAUCAGAUCUUGAGGCACUGCAAGUGAAUUAUUGCCCUCCCCUGGACGAUGCCCUCUUCUAUGUUAUUGCUUCGGACUACGAUCUCCCUCGCGAUCGGGAUGCCUUGAUCGAAGUGCUCGAAAGUUUGAAGGCCAGUGCAAUAGAACAAGAAAAUGCAGACUUCGAUCCGUCGGGGACUGGAGGUCAUGGCCACGUCAGAGAUACAACGGAAACGACGAGAUCAAGUCCUGAAGAUACAGUGUCCAAUGGGGUCACAAGCAUAACUACUGGCUUGUCAGAACUGAAAUGGCAAAACUCAGAGGGCCUAGGUCAAGAUCUUGAUGGAUCUACCUCUGAACAGAAGACAUCAUGGCUACAACGGUUGUUCCCCGACAUACCGAAGCGGGAGCUCGCCGACGUGCUGGAUAGCCAUAACGGAUCCCUAGACAAGGCUACCGACGAACUGCUGAACCUUUCGUUCCUGAGAGAAGAAGAUGACGGACAAACGGCAGAAGAUGCGCCGGUUUUCAAAGGUAUCGAUGCUUUCGCCGAAGAGGUACAAAGCAAACGCAAGAGCAGAAAGAGGAGAAAGACGCGGACCAACGAGUCUUCGCGGACCAGCUCCAUUGGCUCUGCUACGCACCAAGGCGAGCAUAAACCCACGAACAUAUGGUCUACGAUGUCUGAGGAUGUUGACUUCAUCUGUUCGAGGACAACACUCCAGCCCCAGGUGGUAAGAUCUACAUACCAUGCGAAUGGCGCCCGGCUUGGAGCAACUAUUCGCGCACUGGCCAAGAAGGAGGCAUCGACGUAUGACAGCCUAGAAGACAUCGAUCCGGUCAUUGAACUCCAGAUCGCGGAAUUUCAGGACGAAUUUGACCAAGUGCCCAAAUCUCAGAUCUACGGCCUGUUGACUCUGGCUCGCAACAUCCCAUCUGCGGCCCAUGAACUUCUGAAAGCCAUGACGGCACCUACAGGGACACGCUCUCCAGAAGCGCUGCAAAUGACUGCUCAAUAUGCGCCACCAGAUUUGAAGGAAAAGGAGAAUGAGAAUGAACCGUCAUCAGGUUCGUCAUCUUGGACGACUGCCCAGUAUGGGACUGGUCGGGCAACCGCUGCGACCUUCCGACGUGCAGCGAACCAGUGCUUCGAUCAAGCGUCUGCUGCAUAUCGAAGAAGCAAAUCUGACCGGCUUUAUGGAGGCGUGGCAGCAUAUCAUUCCGAGGUUGGCCGCGAGCGCGCCAUGGCGGCCAAGGCGCUCCAAGCAGCAGAAGCGGACGCCCUUGUCGCCAGCCAGUCUACGUCGACGGUUCUUGAUUUGCACGGCGUGACAGUUCAGGACGCAGUCCGCAUUGCGGCCUCCAAGACGCAGGAGUGGUGGGAUAAUCUGGGAGAGGCAAAAUAUGCUCCUGGCGGAGGUGGUCCUGUAAGAGCUGGGCUCAGAAUUGUCACAGGAGUAGGCAGUCACAGCAAGAACCAUGCUCCCCGGAUCGGGCCCGCGGUCAGUAGGAUGCUCAUUCGGGAGGGCUGGAAGGUAGAGAUUGGACAUGGAGAGUUGGUCGUGAAGGGGAAGACACGGCGAUGAUGCGAAGGUGGAGGUGUCUGUCUCCUCGACCGGGAUGAUCUACAAGCUGUAUGAAUGGAUGGAUGUACGAUUGAUGUAAGCAGUUGACGGGGUUUUGAUUAGACUAGGGAGUCCUCAUUAAUGGUCUGAUUGAAUUUGAAGUGUUCCCUUGCCAUA